CAUCACACACACACACGCGCGCACACACACACACACACAAUGGGAGGGAUACCGGAGUAUAGGUAGGGCUACAGCGGCAGACAGACAGAUGUGUGAUGCUCAGACUGAACCAUGGGGCCAUUUCCCCUCGCCUGCGUGAAGGUAAACUUUUACCCACCAUCGCGUCUUCUCGCCGUGACCGUGCGGAGCUGUCAUUGAUGCCAACUCGCCGCUCGCACACCUGCUUCUCUUUUUCUUUUUUCUCUUCAGUGAUAAUUGCUGCCAGUAUAGCAGGAGCGAUGCAGCAGAAACGGGGGCUGAAGUGGCGAUAGAUCCUGUUGAAUUGAGACAAGACGUCGAGACGCAGCCAAAAAGUGUCCUCCUCGGAGUGCGUCAGAGCACGGAUGUAUAUAGUGGAUGAUAUGCUCGCUGGUUGGAUACGACGAGGGAUUUGUGAUAUUACCCCCCUAAAUCAAUACGGAAAUUUGGGCAGAAGCGAAGAGCUGCAUCCUCACCUAGCCUACCUCCCCCUCAUCCUCCAGCAGAUUUAUUUGUAGGGGGGCUGAGGCGAUCUCGUUUGGCCCCUUUUCACAUCUCCAGAGAGCGUCAGCGGGGUAAAGUCCUUCACAUUCACCGGAGCUCCGAAAUAUAACAGCAAAAGAUCCAGUUUUUUUUCCUCUCAUCACAUAAAAUGGCAACCAGGAGUGACCACGGAGGAUCAAAAGACGCAUUUGGGCGCAAGAAGCCGCGGUCGUGGAGGAUUUAACCACCUGAUGGGCACCGGAGACACCGAGGAGAGACUGUUUCAGUUGUAGCUUGUUGACUUGGUGAUUUAUAAUGCUGAACAAAUAAAGGGCGCUGCAAGUUUGACACAGAGCGCCUGCGUAACAGGCUAUGCCACCGGCCCUCACAUUUUUUGGUUAUGGUAAUGAUGUCAUAAAAUAUUUGGAGGCCUGUGCCUGAGCGGGAAGACAGGCUGAUCAAUAUCUCCUAUCAUGUAAGUAGCCACAUGGACUGCUCUCAGCAUGGACCUAAUUGAGGUGCGUUUGUUGCUCUGACAUUCUCAUAUUCACAACUGAUUGGUUGAUGCCUCAUUUUCUCUGUGUGCGCGCGCCGAGCUGCAACUUUUAUCCUCUGGCCUGCAUCCACGUCGCCCUGAGGCGGUUACUGUAGCGCUCACGGACCGAACCUCUCACUGACUUAAAAUGGAGUUUGCCAUGGUGGGUGCGGACGGCGGGUGCAAUAGUCACCUGCCGUACGGAUAUGCCCAAGCUCGCGCACGGGAGAGGGAGCGCGAGAGGGAGCGCCAGGCUGCCCAUUCGAGAGCGGCGGCUGCCGCGGCCGCUGCCGAAGGUGGGUCCGGUGCGGAGGGAGGAGGAGGAGGCGGCAGCGGUAGCGGCGGUGGUGGCAGCGGCAGCGGCAGUGGUGGCGGCGGCUGCGGCGGCGGCGUGGGGGGCUCCACCUCCACCUCCUCCUCGAGCGCUCAUCUCCUUAACAACCGCCAGCAUCAGUCUCGCGCCGCCUCCUCAGCGAACGCCAACAUCAGCAGCGGCGGUACCGCCUCGCGCCCCUCCUCCUCCUCCACCUCCUCCUCGCAGCCGCCACAGCACCAGCAGGAGCCCGAGCAGCAGCAGCAGCAGCAGAGAGUUGUCAGAGAGCGGAAAAAGCAGCGCGGCGUCGGACGGUGGAGACGCAACCGGACGACUCUCGGCGGGGACCUGCGCCACUCGGAGCUGGCGCUGCUCGGAUCCGAGGAGGACAUCAUGAUAGAGGAGGAAGAGGCCGAGGGAGCGGAGGAAGAGGAGGAGGAGGAGGAGGGGGACCGGGGAAGCAAGAGGUCGAGUUUUCUGUGUAACAUGGAUGAUGAGGAGGAGACCGUGUCGCUCACUGACAGGCGCCCUCAGUCCGGAUACGAAAAUGUUUACAGCGAGUGCGGCUGCUGCGAGAGAGUUGUCAUCAACGUGUCGGGACUCAAGUUUGAAACUCAGCUCAAGACUCUCACUCAGUUCCCGGACACUCUCCUGGGAGACCCCGACAAGCGAAUCAGGUACUUCGACCCGCUGAGGAACGAAUACUUCUUCGAUCGGAACCGACCGAGCUUUGACGCCAUUCUUUACUAUUACCAGUCAGGGGGGCGGUUGAAAAGACCCGUCAACGUCCCGUUUGACAUCUUCUCCGAGGAGGUGAAGUUUUAUGAACUCGGGGAAGAGGCGAUCCUCAAGUUUCGGGAAGAUGAGGGUUUUGUCAAAGAGGAGGAGAAGCCUCUCCCGGAGGACGAGUUCAAGCGCCAAAUUUGGCUGCUUUUUGAGUAUCCGGAGAGCUCGAGCCCUGCCCGGGGCAUCGCGGUCGUGUCCGUCCUUGUUAUAGUAAUUUCUAUUGUCAUUUUCUGCCUGGAGACGCUGCCAGAGUUCAGGGAUGAAAAAGAGUAUCUACAGCCACGACACAACUCCACUCAACCUGACCACGGAUUUACUCCUUUCAACGACCCGUUUUUCAUCGUGGAGACGGUUUGCAUCAUCUGGUUCUCCUUUGAGAUUAUAGUCCGCUUCUUUGCGAGUCCGAGCAAACCGGCUUUCUUUAAAAACAUUAUGAACUCAAUAGACAUUGUAUCCAUUUUGCCUUAUUUCAUAACUCUCGGCACGGACCUGGCGCAGCACCAAGGCAACGGGCAGCAGGCGAUGAGCUUUGCCAUCCUGAGAAUAAUCCGCCUUGUCAGGGUGUUUCGCAUCUUCAAGCUGUCCAGGCACUCCAAGGGGCUGCAGAUCCUGGGUCAUACCCUGCGCGCCAGCAUGAGGGAGCUGGCCCUCCUCAUAUUCUUCCUGGUCAUCGGUGUCAUCUUGUUCUCCAGCGCGGUGUACUUCGCCGAGGCGGACGAGCCCACGUCGCAGUUCACGAGCAUCCCCGACGCGUUUUGGUGGGCCGUGGUGACCAUGACGACGGUGGGCUACGGUGACAUGAAGCCCAUCACCGUGGGGGGGAAGAUAGUGGGCUCCCUGUGCGCCAUCGCGGGCGUGUUAACCAUCGCGCUCCCGGUGCCGGUCAUAGUGUCCAACUUCAACUACUUUUACCACAGGGAGACCGACAACGAGGACCAGACGCCGGUGGUGGAGAGCAUGCCCCCGGGGUGCCCGUAUUUCCCAGACUUUUUAAGGAAAUUCAAAGGCUCGCCCUCGGGCUCCUCUCUGGGUGACAAAGCGGAGUAUAUGGAGAUGGAGGAGGGGGUGACGGAGUCGCUUUGCGGGCUGGACAAGAGCCCCAGUAAAGGAAACGGCACAGACAUAGGCAGGAAAAACAGUACUAACUCCAAAUCCAUUCAGACUGACGUGUGAUUACAAGUAGAGUUUCCCUUUUUUCUUUUUUUCCCUAAAGAAGAAUACACCCUAUAAAGACACUGUAUGCCCAAGAGCAGGUGGUCCCCAUGACACAAGUUUUACGCACGCCACAGAGCCCCACACACACGCACAAACACACACACUCACAGGCCACCAAUUGGCAGGUUGAAAUGUUUCAUUCACUCCAUCUCAGACUAGUAUCUCCCACAACUUUUAGAGAAAUAAAAAUAUCAUCAAUGAGUUUAUUAAUGAAUUUGUCUAACCUGUGCGGGCUUCCAAAUCUGACAUCAAAUUUAAAGUCUACAUGACAGGCUAUGCAUUCGCACUUUAUGAGUUUCAUCUGUCAAUAACAGAGAGGGGGUGGGGACGAUGGUUUUGCUGUUAUGCAAUAAAGUUAAAAAAAAUUGUUUGCACUAAUGUAGAAUUUGCGCUGGGUUCGGCUGAUUUUUAUUUCAGAGACAGAAACUGUAGGCCAUGCAAAUGGCAAUAAUUAAGUCAUCCUCUGACCACUUAGCUGAAGAAUGUUUGAGGAACUUCCUCAAAGAGAGCAACCUAAUGAUAUUAAUAACCUCUUUCAUGCGCUGCCAGUAAAAAAAAAAAAUAAAAAAUUGGAGUCCAAUAAAGGAAAAGCCUGAGACAGAUAAAAGACUUUUGUUACUGUUCCAACACUUAAUAUGAACAAAGAGCUCAUUGAUAAGACACAGCAUUUAGCAGUCAUCAAAUAAACCAGGGCUAGAAUUAUUUCUAUUACAUCUACACAAAUAUGCUUUUCCACACAAAAGCCUUGUGUUGUUGACCCACUAUGAGAGCUAAGCACAGGAAACAUCAGAGUUAAAAAAAAAAUGGCUGGAGAAAUGACUUGCCCCGCCAGGUUUUGUAUGGACAGGCUUGGAGCCUUGGCGACAACAGUCUCCCCAGUUUCAUUUAAACCACCUCAAAAUGACAAUAUCCCUUUACACGGACGCAGAUGGAAAGCUAUAGCAAAAACGACUCUGUUGUGGAAAACUCCUCGGAGGGGAGCUUGCGAGCAACUUCCUCUCCUGUCCGCUGGACUUCGUGCACAAAAUUUCUUUUUUUCUCAAGAGGACUAUGAUUAUCUCCGAGCUCAGAGGAUCUCCGGGAUGUGGAUGUCUUCCAAGACAAUCUGGGGCAACAGAGGAUUACAGAUUUGUUAUGGCAUUGGGAAAGCGCUGCCAGCUACAGGGAGAGGGAGUAUCCCCCACAUCUCUGGAAAUUGCAGAGAACAAGCAAAACAUUGGGACUGGUCAUCUCGAGCACGAGCAGAGACUGAAAAAGCAACAACUGGACUCGGGACUCGGCACUUGAACAAGUGGGGAUGAAAGCUGCUGUGUGACAUCAGUAAACAAACCCUUGAGGGUUGAGACUGGAGUUGGCAAAUGAGUAAGUCGUGGCCCAAAAUGAUUGCCUUAAUUACUACACAUAUACAGAUGUAUGAAGUAAUGAAACUAAGAGACUUAUAGUUCAAAGUUUAAAGAUGUUUUCUUUACAUGUGAAAAAAAAGUGUCUUGUAAGGAACAGAUGUGAAUAUUUUAAUAUGAUAGAGAUAAUGUUUGGUUGUAAUGUCGACAUAAUGUUUUAGUUGGGUCGGCUUCGUAGGUGUCAUUGGUUACUAAAUGGUGAGUUUGCUCUCUGCUUAUGUGCAGUCAGCACUACAACUUAAUCUAUUUUUAUCUUGUUUCAUAUUGUCAACCAAACAAGGCUGGCCUGAGUUGCUCACUCAAACGCUGGCGACAAACUCUUAAUUCACAUCGUGUCAUAACACAUGAAACUCCUCAUUCAGAAAGUGUAUAGAGGGUCGAGAGAGAAGACAUAUAUUGACUGGCUCAAUGCGACACACUGAAACACAUCACAAGAACAUCCUCUCACAUUACGAUCCACUUACACUAAAGCAAAGAUGUCAGGCACAUAAACACCAUCAUAAAUAUCUGCCACACUCACUUUCUAUCACAGAAAAACAGCGGGUGAAACUCGCAGGGGCUUUCACCGUAAAGACGAAAUACCUUAGGUUUUUUUCUCAGAUGCAAAUUUAGAGCUGACCAGCUGCUUUGUUGAUAUGUUUUCACUUUAACUGUAUGCAAAAGUAACAUGGACGUGUGUUAUAUAUUUUUUUAAACCUAGCCUUGAUAAUUACAUAACCAAAGGUGAAACCCUGAAUUUAUUGUAUGUUGUGGACUUCUGGAAAAUGUCGUGAUAUAGAUGCACACUGAAUAGGAUAAAAAAAUGUAAAUAGCAGACAUUUAUACUUGUGUGUCCUAAGAUGUGUUGCAGAUAGAGUAAUUUGAGACUUUUUACUUUCUUUGACUGUUAUGACCAUCGACCAUGCUCAUCUGUGUUUGGUUUGUCCUCGCUGAUACAAUCAUGUUCCUCAUAUUGUUGCAAAUGCUGCUCCAACAUUCUUUGUUGUUUUUGGCCAUUUAUUUUCUUCUUUAUUUUCUUUUUUUUAAUUCACCUUCUCAUUCAUUUGGCAGACUAAAACACGAGGUUGCUGAUGUUGUUUGUGGAGCUUUGUCAGAGAAGCAUUGGACACAGUUACCUCUCUAAGACCUGCGAUGUUGCCCAUGAAUGAAAUGAUUACACAUUGCCAGGUUUUUGGCAGUAGUUGUGAGAUAGAUGACACAUCCUAAUAAAAAUAGUGUUUUAUUUUCCUAUAUUUCCCUUCAGAAAUCAUCCUUUGACAUACUGUGUUAACUAUAUGGGCACUUGAAUUAAAGCUCUUGGUCCUAGUGUCUUUUUCCUCUACUCCUAAAGAAAAUCCAAAGUUCACGUUCUUGCUCCUUUCCCAAAAUUUCGUAUCUGUAAUUACCUCAAUAAUAGUAUCCCUCAGACCAGCUGUUUACUGAAUGUUCCAGAUGUUUCCGUAGUGUCACAAGAAAACCUGUAACCACAGAAUAGCCACAGUAGUUUUAAAUAGAUGUCAAUAGUUUCUUUAGGGAAUCCUUACGGGGAGGAUGUUUUUUAUUCUUUUGAGGUUUUCAUCUCUGCAUAUCAAAGGUUUACGGAAUACCAGAAUACUCCAGCAGAGCUUCAGGAUUUUUAAAUGUGCAAAGUUUUUGCCUCUUAAAAAGUUACAUGAAAAUAAAAGUCGGAUUGAAAUAAAGAAGAAAAUGUCAAUGGGAGAACAACUCUUUAAAAAUCAAGUUAAUGUAAAGAUGAAGUAUCAGUCCCAUUAGUCAGGGAAUAGAAAAGUAAUAACAGCAAAACAAAUUUUACAGCAAUGUAUGUUUUUGUUUGUUUUGUUUUUGUUUUGGUGAUUUGGCAGAUGAACUGAAUCACCACUAUGAGAUUAAAUACAAACACAGUAUAGCUCUGUCAUUAAUACUUUCCACUACAAACCAGCAGGCAUGAAAUGAAUCUUUAAGGUUGCCAAGACUUCGAUGAGUAGUAUAAACAUGAAGCUACAGCCAGGAACCAGUUAGCUUAGCAUAAAGACAUAUCAGAAUUUUAAAUUUAUCCAUCUGAUAAUUCUGGAUUACGACCUCCAGCAUUUGGAUCAUGUAGUGCGGUACCUGUUGGGUACCUGGCAGGCUCAGGGUGACGACAAGACCUCAAGAACUUUGUCUUCACACUUUGGCUGUUGUAGGAAUUAAACAAUCGAGAUGUGAAUUGUUGAGCUUUAAAGUUGCCAGCAAGCAAAGGCUGCACGAUAUGAGGAAAAUAUCUGAUGACGUUGCUGAAUAUGGCGACAACAACAGUUCUUGGGAUAAAUUAACAGAUAUUCAUAUGAGCUCAGUUCUGCCCUUUUGCUACUUUCACUACAAUGCUUGUUGAAUUAAAAAAGGCAGAUGCUAUUUGCACCAAGGUGUCUUUGCCAGUAGUGCUAUUUCAAUAGGGCCAUUUACAACCAGAUAAAUAUAGCAGCAGAAGCAAGCACCCCAGUGUCUGUAGCCAACAAUGCUAUUUACACCCAGGUGUUUGUUUGUGGUUGGUUUAAUAAAGUUAGAAUAUAGCGUACAUACACAAACAGGUCUGUUCAGCUAUUCUGCUAAAGUUUAUGUCAUAGUGUGCAUUUAGCAGCUUUAUACAUCCCGGAAUAAUACGUCACUACAUUUAAAAGUAAUAAGCCAGCGUAGACUCAUACAGGACACAAACGCCAGUCUCCUGUGUGAAAGUCUUGUGCAUGACCCCAGUGCCACUAAGGCUGCCCCCGACUAAGAAUUUUCCAUAGUUGACCAAAAGUCGUCACUUAGGGCCAUUAGUCGCCCACAUGGUUACGAUAUUAAUUUAAUUAUAAAAUGAUAUAUUUUGGGCAGGGCAACACAAUGGUUUGAGUUGAAGGUGUGAGAAAGAAUAGUAUCAGUAACAUUGUUAACACUGUGCUACAUUACAGAGAAAUACAAACCGUACUAAUGAACCUUCAUUAAUAUAGGCCUAUAUUUUAUCUCCAAGUGCACGUCACACACUGAGCGAGCCGCCUGUUAAUGACGCUGUGGGCUAAUGGGCAUGUAGCUACUUCCAUGUUUCAGAUGAUACGUCAUGUUUGUAGUCGACCAAUGAAGAUGAGUUUACAUAUCACCUUGGGUUCGUCCUUCACCUUCUCAAAAUGAUCCCACACUUUGGAUUUCCUGCCCGACAUGUUAUUAACUAGCCUGUGGAAUAACCGCAGAUACCAGCCCUGGAAAUUAACCUGACUUUUAAAUUAAAU